AACUGUAGUUUCCUGACUCCUACUGCGCGUUAUAAAUUCAGUCCUCCGUCUGCUUCGGUCUUCCUUCCCAUAUGGAUGACUCCGUCUCCCUCUCUAGCUUAACACAAGAAUAUUGCAAGAACAGUGCUUUCUCUCUCUUUCUCAAGCUGAAUUGCAAGGACAUUUCAAGCCUUUCUCGGGGCUGUUGUUGAUUGCAUUGUUUGCUCGUAGAGAGUGAAAUCAAGAAAAAGAAUCUCCUAUGUCUACUUUGGCAAAUUCUUCUAAUAUAUUUUGGCACGAAUGCCCAGUUGGGAAGACUGAGAGGCAUAAACUACUUAACCAAAAGGGAUGUGUUGUGUGGAUAACGGGGCUUAGUGGAUCAGGGAAAAGCACACUGGCAUGCUCUCUAAGCAGAGAACUGCACUCUAGGGGGAAGCUGUCUUAUGUUCUUGAUGGAGAUAACCUACGCCAUGGACUGAACAAAGGCCUGGGUUUCAGUGCUGAAGAUCGAACUGAAAAUAUCCGCAGAGUUGGUGAAGUGGCAAAACUCUUUGCAGAUGCUGGUUUGAUAUGCAUUGCUAGUCUAAUAUCACCAUACAGAAAAGACCGGGAUGCUUGCCGUGCAAUGUUGGCAGAUGCAAAUUUCAUCGAGGUUUUCAUGAACAUGUCUCUGUCAUUGUGUGAGUCAAGAGAUGCUAGAGGCCUCUACAAGCUUGCACGUGCUGGAAAGAUUAAAGGUUUUACUGGUAUAGAUGAUCCUUAUGAACCACCUUUGAAUUGUGAGAUAGAAAUACAAGAGAAGGAUGGAGUCUGCCCCACACCAUCUGCCAUGGCUGGACAAGUAGUGUCCUACUUGGAGGACAAAGGAUUUCUGCAGGAUCAGUGAUCAACUCCACUAACUUGGAGCGAUCAUAGUCAUAAUCUCAUUGGACAAACAAUUUUAUCUGGGAUUCAUGGCCUAUCCACUUUAACAGUUCCUGGCUAAGGGUGUCAGCAGGUUCCAACCAUACAUCAUGUGGGAUGCUUUUGUAAUGAAAUGAUAUGUUUCAGAUUCAAAUAGUACAUAUUUUAUACACCAAGUGGGCACCAUUGAUGUUGUUUAAUCAUGGAGACUUAUUAUAGAAUAUACAUUCAUUUCCAACAA